AUGCCGGCCUCGCUGGAGGAAACCUUCUCGCGCGUUCUUUCGGCGAAGGUCGCACGUGCCCAGCGCGUCUUUGGGGGCGACAUCAACGAAACCUACCGGCUCGAGAUGGCGGCGGCGGGGGUGGUGUACUUCUUGAAGCUGCAGCGCGGCACCACGGCGGCCUUCUAUGCGGCGGAGUCGUUGGGACUGUCGCUUCUGGCGGCCGUUGCACGCACCCCGCGGGUGGUGCGGGUGGGUGAGGUGGACGGCGACGCCUACCUCGUCAUGACGUGGAUCCAGCGCGCCCCGGCUGGAGUGCGGCGGAACGCGGCGGAUUUGGGCCGCAUGGUCGCCAUGGUGCACCGGCAGACGAGUCCGAACGGUCAGUUCGGCUCCUCCGUACCGCUGGUGUUGGCCGGCUGUGAGACGCCGGCCGGGUGGUCGACGGACUGGGCAACGUAUUACAUCGACAGCCUCCUGGCGCCGCGGGUGGAGUUGGCGCGGCGAAAAGGUUACUGGAGCGAGCGCCGUGAGGGCUUGUUUGCGCUCUUCAGCAGCCGCUUCCGCGCCUUUUACGCUGCGCGGAAUUCCGCGCAGCCGAGUCUCCUGCAUGGUGACCUGUGGGGCGGCAAUGUCAUGUACGGUGAGGCUGGGGAGCCGUACCUCAUUGACCCGUCCUCGUUCUACGGUCACCGCGAGGUGGACCUCGCCAUGACGCGGCUCUUUGGCGGAUUUGGUAGCGACUUCUACGCGGCGUACGAGGCGGAGCUGCCGCUUGAGGCGGGGCACGCGUCCCGAGUGCCGUGGUACCAGGUGUUUCCACUGCUCUCCCACCUCAACCUCUUUGGCGAGGCGUACGGAGGCUCGCUAGACAGCGCCCUGGCGCACGUGGUAUGA